AUGGCAAUGUAUGGUUGCCAAGAGAAUUGCGGAGACGUCCUCAUCCCAUACCCUUUUGGAAUUGGAUCUAACAAAUCUUGCUACUUAGACGACUGGUUUGAAAUCGAGUGCAGCAACAACCUGUCUUCUAAAACUACCAGCUCUGCUCCUCAUUACAAGCCUUUUUUGAAGCUAGCCCAACUGGAGGUGCUGAAUAUUUCUAUUGAAGGCACGCUUCGGGUGAACAGCCCCGUUACCUUCUUCUGCAACGGAACUGGAAGUAGCGAAAUGGCUAAUUUGACGGGCAGCCCUUUCGUCUACUCUCAGGACAGAAACAGAUUCACUGCUGUCAGCUGCGGCUUCCUUGCCAUGAUGGAAUCAGCUGAGUUUGUGGUUGGUGGCUGUAGGUCAGUUUGUGAUCAUCAAAAGAAUGCUUCCUUCUGUGAUAUUGGUAUCAACUGUUGCCAGACUACCAUUCCUCCAUAUCUCACUAUGAUGGGCGCUUCCAUUCUAUACCAAGGCGAAGGUCGAACGCCCAAUUGCAGCGACUAUGCGUUUCUGGUUGACAAGGAUUGGUUUGAUAAUUCAUCUUCUGCUCAUGCAGUCAAGAGUAGAGGGCACGUUCCUGUGGUGCUAGAAUGGAAUAUAAUCAACUCUACUUCUUCAUUCGCAUUAUUUGGAAGACACGUUACAAACUAUUCUUUUGAUCCAUAUUAUUAUUAUAAUUAUCAAGGUACACCAUACUGCCUUGGCCCCACUGCUUUGGAUUACAACAAUCGCUCAACGCUUCCUUGUUACUGCCCAGAAGGCUUUGAAGGAAAUCCCUAUCUUCUUCAAACUUGUCAAGAUAUUGAUGAAUGCAUGAUUGGUCAUAAUCGAUGCGGGCCCCACAGCAAGUGUGUGAACGUUCCUGGUUAUUACGUUUGCGCUGACAAAAAGAAAACUAAAUUGAUCCUUAUUAUAGGUCUUGGUGCUGGUCUUGGACUGUUACUUUUGCUUAUCAGCGCAUGGUUGGGAUACAGAUUCCUAAAGAAACGCCAUACCAUGAAACGCAGGGAGAUGUUCUUCAAGCGAAAUGGUGGAUUAUUAUUAGAGAAACAAUUGUCGUCAGGUGAAGUUAAUGUUGAGAAAAUCAAGCUAUUCAAAUCAAAGGAGUUGGAGAAGUCCACUGACAAUUUCAAUACUGAUAGAAUUCUUGGCCAGGGAGGCCAAGGUACUGUUUAUAAAGGCAUGCUGACAGAUGGAAGAAUUGUUGCUGUGAAAAAAUCUAAAAUAGUGGACGAAAGCCAACUUUCAGAUUUCAUCAAUGAGGUUGUCAUUCUUUCACAAAUCAACCACAGAAAUGUCGUUCAACUAUUGGGUUGUUGUUUGGAGACGGAGGUUCCCAUUUUGGUUUAUGAAUUUAUACCUAACGGAAACCUUUCCCAGUAUAUCCAUGAGCAGAAUGAGGAGUUUCCACUUACAUGGGAAGUUCGCUUACGAAUUGCCAUGGAAGUUGCAGGAGCUCUUUCCUACUUACAUUCUUCAGCUGCCUUUCCCAUUUAUCACAGAGACAUCAAGUCUACCAACAUACUCUUGGAUGCAAAAUACAGAGCAAAAGUUGCUGACUUCGGAACUUCAAGAUCAGUUGCCAUUGACCAAACUCACCUCACCACACUUGUACACGGCACAUUUGGUUACUUGGACCCCGAAUACUUUCAAACAAGCCAAUUUACGGAGAAAAGUGACGUGUAUAGCUUUGGAGUUGUCCUUGUUGAGCUCUUGACAGGGCAAAAAACCAAUUUCUUUUAG